AGAAGGGGCUCAGAUAUUUUUUUUGUGAACAAGAAACUGACGGAAAGUCCAAACAAAACACUACUGAUUUUUUCUGUGAACGAGAGUCAUUCCGCGCGUAUUCCCGGAAAAUAAAUUCUUUGGAAGGGAAAAAAAAAUCUCCCAAAGAAAGUCCCCCAAAACGACCAGAGAAAAGAUCGUAACACACCAUGGAAACCCUAAGUGCUUCUGCAACUGUAGUUUCUUCAUCGUCAUCUACUCUCCCCAUCUUCUCCCCAAAGAAGACAAAUCUCUUGGCACGAUUUCUCCGAUUCCCCGUAGCUUCAAAAGGCAAUGAAAAUGAACCCGAUCUUCAGUCUGAUUCAACUGGUUCCAAUAACACUCCUCUUUUUAACGAUCGCCUUUCCUUUUCCCCUUUAUCGAAGGAUGCGGCUAUGGGUUUGGUUCUAAGUGCUGCGAAUUGCCGUGGUUGGACAACUGGUUCUGGAAUGGAAGGUCCACCGGUUCCUGUUGAUACUGAUUCUGGUAGGAUCUCAACAUUCCCUUGGUCUCUUUUCACUAAAUCACCUCGUCGAAGAAUGCGCGUAGCUUUCACUUGUAAUAUUUGUGGUCAACGUACUACUCGUGCUAUCAAUCCUCAUGCCUACACUGAUGGUACAGUCUUCGUUCAGUGUUGUGGAUGCAAUGUGUUCCAUAAGCUUGUAGACAAUUUGAACUUGUUCCAUGAGAUGAAGUGCUAUGUGAGCUCGAGUUUCAAUCCAAAUGGAGAUAUGAACUUCAAGUAUCUGGAUAUGGAUGGUGAUGACGGUGCUGAUGGUGCAGAUGAUGAUUUCUUCUCUGGCUUAUGAAGUAUUGUUACGAUAACGGUGUGUACAUUUGUAGUCCGUUUUAAUAUCCAUUCAGAACUGCUUUUAGUCAUGCUUCAGUGAUUGACUGAUUGUAUAUAUUACUAGUUGAUCUCAUGGUUAAUAGUUGUACUGGAUUGUUCAGCAAAUAACUAUUUCGCUAGAUUUCUUUCUGACUCCCUUAUUAUAGUUGAUCUGUAUAACCAUCUACAGUACUUCUUGUUCGUUUCUGUACAAAAGGUUAAAACUUCAGAACUAGAGGUGUACAUCAACAUUUACAUGGCUAUUUUGUGUAUCCCUUGCUUGUGUGAAA